AGUAUAAGAGACCCACAAAUCCCGGAAAAAUACAACCCCACAAAAAUCAUAACAAAAGAGCAUAAAUGCAUCAUCAUCAAUCAACAGUAACCCAUACUAAAUGCUCAAAAAGAACACAAGAUCCACCUCGAUCACCCCUCCACCACUUCCACCCAAUUCCUCCGCCCUUCCUCCUCUUCCUUCUCUCUCUCCACAAUCAUUCGUUCUAGAGAGAGAGAGUAAGAGAAACAACCCCAUGUACAAACUUCCGUCCUUAGAUUCAUUCUCUUCUUCCACAAUUCUUUAUCAUUGACUGACUUGUACACUCUUUGCUUCUCGUAUUUUUCAAUUACAAACCCCACAAAUCUUCUACUGCCUCAGCAAAAAGUACCUCUCCAGUUGAGUUUGAUCAAAAAUGAGAGAAGACGACUCUAAUUGGUUCUCAAGGUGGGAAGAAGAACUUCCAUCCCCUGAAGAACUCAUGCCCUUGUACCAAACCCUAAUUACCCCUGAUCUAGCUGUCGCCUUCGACAUCCGAAACCCCAACCGCCCACAAUCCCCACCACAGCCGCCGCCGCCACCACAACCACCGGUUCAGACCCCUUCUUCCCGGCCCAAUUCCUCGGAAUUCGAUUCUGGCGAUUUAGGAGGCGGGGCCGUAGGUGACGAGCCGGCUCGAACCCUCAAGCGGCCCCGGCUCGUCUGGACGCCACAGCUCCACAAGAGGUUUGUGGACGCUGUGGCCCAUUUGGGAAUCAAGAACGCAGUCCCCAAAACCAUAAUGCAGCUCAUGAGUGUUGACGGGUUAACGCGUGAGAAUGUGGCCAGUCAUCUUCAAAAGUACCGGCUUUACUUGAAGCGUAUGCAGGGGCAUUCCGGGGGUGGAGGUGGAGGAGGUGGUGGUGGUGGUGGAGGAUUGACAGGCACAGGAGAUCCCUCUAUGGAUCAUUUGUUCGCCAGCUCACCUGUGCCGGCACAUUUUUUGCAUCCGUUUGUGCCGGUGGCAGCGCUGCAGCACCACCACCAACAGCAGCAGAUGGCAGCGGCUGUGUCUGUACAUCCCCAGCUGCAGCCGCAGUAUAGGCAGGUGGGACAUUUUGGGUCACCACCAAAUGGGCAGUUUGAGCAUCCAUUUCUGUCAAGGCAGUCGCAGCCAGUUCACCGAAUUGGGGCACCAGUUCAUAGUCCACUACCGGCAUACGUAGAGGACUUGGAAUCGGCAACUGAAGCUAAUGGGAGGAGAGCUCUCACUCUAUUUCCAACCGGGGAUGAUUGAAUUUGGGGGUAUCAUGAUCAUAUUUCCGAUUGAGUUAUGCUUAUCAGAGAAAUUAGUGUUAAAGGGUGAGGUCCAUUCCAGUGUCCUUCACUUGCUUGGACUUCUUUGCUUGUAAUUAGGUUGUGGGUAUCAGUCUAUUUCCCCUUGUCGGCUACUGGUGGCGGAUAUUGAUCAUGAUGUCGCUCUUAGUGGUAACAAUGUUCCUCCUAAGGUUGUCAACGGUUGCAGUCAUGAUGGUGUUCUUAUUCAUGGGUCGAUAUGAAUUUCUUAGUGGUUGCUAAGUUCAUUUGUAGUUUGCGAAGUGGCUACGUCAUCUUACUUUGUGAGGGAGAUUUAUUAUUGGUGGUGGUGAUGUUUGUGGAUGCAACAGUUUGCUAAAUUUCCUGCUUGCAGGUAGAGGCGAAUAAUGCUGGCAAGCACCAUUUAUGUCCGCUAGAAAUAUAAGAAUUGGGUUGCCAUCCAUGGUUGGCAUACUUGGUACUAAGUUUGUCAGCUACAUUCAAGAAUCUCUUGUUUAGGAAAUUAGUUUUGUGUUUCUUAGUUAAUCCUAUGUAAAGGUGAGUUUUGCUUGUUGUAACUGUGUGUGUUUUCAAGACCUUAACCCCUUAUGUUUGGUGGAUUCAGGAAAGUGAAAAAAAGGAGAAGCAAAAACAUGCUGCUAUUGGAGUCUUAAUUCUAUUUUAUUGUUCCAUGAAUAGUAUUGAGUGGUUGGUUGUUUUUCUGAAAUUCCUCUGUUAUCGAAUACUUUUCUGUUUAGCAAUAAAGUCUGUUUUAUUUCCUGUUCUGUUA